GCGACAUAAUGUUAUAGCUUGCCCUGCGCUCGAGCGUUCGCCGCGAUGGCUUGUAAACUUUAUAAAGCUAUUUUGUUAAGAAGUUUAAUCUCCUAAAAAUUCUUUAUUUACAUAACAGUGUUCCCUCUUCCAGUAGAAUCUUUGAAUUAAAAAAAUGUUUUGAAAGGGUAACGUGAUAAUUAACAUUCUUAUAAUCGCCAUUUCAAAGUAGAUGCUUACUAACAAUAAGUAGUUUUCCCCUCAAAUUACGUCUCUCAAUAAGCAAAGUGACGCUUAUCAAAAUAGUAUGAUACAAACAGGUCAGCGCUGGCAGAUAUUCCAGUGACAAGCGACAGCUUCAUUAUCGUGGACAGUGCCGUUAUAAAUCGCCACACAGUAGCCUACGAAGCAAUUCGCUUUGUGGACCGUUCCUCCCGUUAGAGCUCAUUAGUAAUCGUUGAAUCCACAUAGUUCCACCCUUAUUACAUUGCAAAUGCACUACGCAGAACGGCACGUGAACCGCAUGCGACACGUGUCGCAAUGCCGUGAUGGUGCGGUUUCGCUUGAUUUCCUCCACUUCUAUCGUAUGCUUUUUUUUCCCUCCUCCCUCCCUUCCCUCGUUACUCCCCUAAUUACCGCGAUUUAAGUGUCCUCACGUCACGCGACGCAUCGCUCACAGUGCGUUUGCGCGAAUGCACCUGGCUGCAUUCACGCGAAAGGGACGCGCGCGUAUAUACGCGCUUAACGAGUGAAUUUCGUUUAAUCUCUUGUGCAAAAAUUAAAACAUCCGGCGUGCGAUAAGCGUUAAACAGAUAUCGAAGCCGCGGAUCAUCGCGAUCGAUCGCACGAAGUCGAAUAAUGGGAGAGCUUUGACGAAUAAAUGGAGCGAUUUCCGGAUUUUGCCAGAGCGAAUUGUGUCGCUUGCAUAUUCGCGCGCAGCGUACAUUACAACGUUUCUUGAUCGCGAUAAUAUGACGCCGACCGCUAUCGCAUCGGCGAGUGCAUUAUUCAAAAGUACCUGCGCACAAAGCUACGAUGCAUCCCGGCCUAGGGCGUCCCGGGUACAGCGCGCCGCUCGCUCUUUAUAAUGCGGCGUGUUAUUAUUUAUUGUAUUACAUUACGGUACGUUGUAUCCCCCUGUGCGUUAUUAAUACCCGGAUCGGUGAGCUGACCCGCCGCCAUAUUAGAGGAGAGAAGAGAUGAGAGAAAGACGGGGUCAUAGGUGAAUUGAAAACUGAUACGCAUUUUGCGAACUCGUAUUCAAUGAAUUUUGCAUAACAAUCUCUACGAGGUAAAAGAGAGUCGCGAAGGCGUUCUAUUAUAUUCGGACGUUACUGCCAGACUAGAUCGUAUUGUUUAACUCUGAAAUGCGAACAUUAAACGUUUUCUCAAAACUGCAUCGAUAAUUUGGCGAGACGGCGAUAGAAUUUAAUGCACAGAGAAAAAAAAUGCAGUUGCAACAACAGCAUCGGUCUAAUUGGAAAUAUUUUUUUAAUUCAAUAACAGUAAUAAUGAAAGGAAAAGAUUAAAAGUUAAGGCAAUAAUAAAUAUAGUUGAAUGAAUAAAAUAUUUCGUUGAAUCAACUACAUGUAGUGAUUCAACGCAACCCGUUUAAUUGAAUGAAAUAACGUUUUAAUCAGAGCUGAGCAAAAUACAUCAUUAAAGUAUUUGAAAUACAAAAUACAACAUACUUUUAAUCCUUUAAUUUGAAAUGCAAAAUUUUUGUGAUUUAAAUACAAAUACAAUUCAAAUCCAAUUUUAUGUUUCAAAUACUAAGAUUGCCAAUAUUUUGUAUUUCAAAUAUUUAUAAAGUAAUUUGCUCAGUCCUAAUUUUAAUUCUUAUUACAGUAUUUUUUUCAGUGUAAACGAAAACAAUUAUUAGAUCAAUUUUACAGAAGUUUUGAUGGAUUUUUAACAAAUGUCGUAACCAAGUAUUUUUUUAUUGCACUAUUUGCAGAUAUGUUAAUAUUAUUUAUCAUUGCCAUUAAAAAGACAACACUAUCAACUGUUGUUAAAAAAAAAAAAAAUUGGUUAAACUCGAAUAAAUUAUGCUCUUUUUAAAUAAAAGUAAAAAUCAGCGAUAAAAGGCUUGGUAUACGUGUUAUAAAGUUAUAUGAAUUUCUCGGAAAGAAACAAAUAUUCAAAAUAACGUGAAAAAAUAUUUGUGACGUAUUCGGAAUGUUGUGUCAAUUCGAAAGAUAUUUCGCUACAUUUAAUUAAAUGAGAUGAUUUCAACCUCGAAGAUAAAUCACGCUCUGGACAGUCUUCUGAUAUUGACGACAACGUGCAAUUUAGUGGAUACAAACCUACGAAUUUUGAUAGAGGUCACUGAUAAAUCAAACGUUGACAGAUCGAUCGCCUUUCAGCAAAAAAAAAAAAAAAAGGGGGGGGGGAGAGGAGAGAGAGACAUAUAACAUCUACCAAAAAUCCAUCAAAAUUUUUCCACUCGCCAAUAAAACGCAAUAAUCAUCAGCUCAGUUAAUAAGAACACUUUUCACUUAAUAAAUCAUCCGCAUUAUUUGUCCUGCGUAUCUGGAUUUUCCCAUGAGAUAAUUCGUCGCGAAGUAAAUCGCGUCACGUUAUUUGUCAUACGGAAUGAGAAAAGAGCGAGGAGGAAGAAACUAAGUGGGCGGGGAGAGAAAUGCUUUCGUCCCUUAGAUGAAAUAUUUCCGAUGACUCGUGCGAAAGCGGACAGCGCGGCACGAAGUAGAAUGAAGUGGAAUAGCACUUCAUCCCGGGUGGAUGGAUCGGCGGAGCUAUAACAGUAACCAUAACAAUGGGACUUGGAGGGUAUACCCGCGAUUUCGGGUAUCGUUUUUUUUUCCGCGCGUGUAAGGACCAUCGUCAGAAAAGGGCCAUCGUCGAGGAACAGCCGUACACAGCUACACGCCUGUGACACGUGUCGACGACUAAUAUUGUUUAGCGAGAUCCUUAAUGUCGGAAUAAAACGAAAGUCAUCAAAUCAGUUAUGUGCCGCGCGUGUUGAAAUUGAUUCACGUCCCCCGCGAUAAGAGGGCUCUUGCGAGCCUAAUUUCGAGGGCGCACGAGAUUCCUACAUGUCGCGAGACGAACCGCUCCGCCGUUCGAAGACCAUAACACACGCAUCGUCCGGGAAGUUACGCGGGCGUUUUCGUAAAUUUCCACGGGCGUGAAAUAUAUUCUCUUUGCCGUACCUACUUCUCUGAACAGCUUUAAUUUCGUUAAGAGCACUCGUGAGGCAUCUCAAUAAAUUGCCGCGGCACCCUGUGUAAACUUUUAAAGAGAAUUUUUGGGGGUGGGGAUCUGACCCUAUCGCGUGGAUCAGGCGACAGCUGAUGUAGAGCGACGCGAAAACAACGUCUCUCGUCUUUUUCUUCUCGGCGAAAAUAGAGAAGAUUUAGUCACGUGCCAAACGAUCGACCUGUCGCGUCGAAGGGGAGAAAUGAAAAUUGGUCCGUAAUUAUUUAGAGACAGAAAUGCUGCGUAGCGAUCCGCUUUUAGAAAGUAUACGUUGAAAAGUAUAAUUUCAGCUUUGAGCGCUGAAAUCAUCUCUACGAAAAUCAAAGAGAAAUCCGUCGUUGUAAUACUUAAAGCUACCGACUCGUCCGAUGGGGACGGCAAAAUCGUUUCACGGCGGAGUUUCGAAAAGUCUCUACUUUCGCAUGUACAAAACUGUGUAAGCGGCGAAAGGCAAAGUGAAAAGGGCGAAAUGAAAUGCGAACGAAAAUGAAGAGAGACGGGAAUGUGCGCGUCGCUGCCAUGUCGAUAGGAUCGUUAAAAUUAACGAACACGUACUCCAGCUCCUUGAAAGUGUCGCGUGCUUCUCUCUUUCUCGUACAACGAACGGCGAGUAAGUCAUUUUCGGGAGGGUAAGUCAUCGCGUUGAGCGCGGCUAGACGGCGAAAAUAAUGUCGCAUUGAUGGAUAUCGAGACGCUGCUGUUAAUCCGGCGUUUCCAAAGACAGGUGUACAAUGCACGGCCUCCGGUACAUGACAUGCGAUUUUACGCAAAGUAUAAGGCUGGUGGGCGCGCAAAUAUCGUGACAUCAAAACGCUGGAUGUGCACCGUCACUGAGAAUGUUAAUUCGAUGCAACGUCCAGGUAUGCGUCAACGUCGAAUACAGCGGCGUGUAACGCGUUUCGUACAAAGUGUCGACUUCCCGCGGAAUGCCUUGGAGCUAGCUAAUCUUGCCGCGGGUUUACGUAAUAAACAGUCAUCUAUUAGCGGCUUAUAUAGUCACGUCGACUUAAUAAUCUGCACGCGACCUCCUUGAAACGUAAUUCGCAUGCGUGAAUACGUUUAGUCAAAUUUUCCCAUUCGACGCAUACGAACGGUGUGUAGCGCAAAGAGCGAUAUAAUUUAUGUUGCUCGUUAAAAAUUCCGGCGCUCUACCGGGACAUUCUCAUCGCGGGUAAUGCUUUCGCAAUAUCAAUAAAAGCGGAGUCUCUUCGCGGUAUAACGUAUUUACGGUAAAAUCCCGUCGAGUUAUGAAUACAGUAACCUACGAGCACGAUGAAGAUUACAAUAAUUUACAAUUAUUUUACAUAAACGCGAGAUUCGGGUAUCUACUCGCGGCGCGAGUAGUUAAAGAUAAACAUCCUAUGAAUAUGUACCUGUACAAGCACUAUUGCACAGAAAUUUAUUAUUAAUAAUCUUUAAUGUGUCAUAUAAAAAUUUAAUUGUCAUCUUUGAAUAUUUUAAAAUAUUAACAAGGCAGGAUACUUGAAAUAUUAUAAAAAUUCAUGUUAUGUAUAAAAAUAAAUUUGUUGCAACUAGAUUGGAGUUUAUAUUUUGAUGUUCUUAGAAGUUUUUAGCUUAGAAGAAACAUGUAUUUGUCAAAAUGAGAUUUUUUGUAUUUUGUAAAUAACAUAUACAUAUACUGAAAAAAAAGUUGUCAACUUGAUUAAUAUUUUCAAUAUUAAUCAAAAUCAAAUAAUUUCAACUCGAUUAAAUUUUUUCAGUACAAGUAUUUACGUAUUGACUUAAAUACAUAAAUUACUUGAAGUGAAGAAUAUUUAACUUAAAUACAUAAAUAUUUAAUUCAAAAAAAUUUAAUUGAGAUAAAAAAUGUAGUCAAUAUUUUUUCAGUCAGUGUAGGACUGACUUGCAUUAUUAUAGAACAAGUAUUUAGGACAUUAACGAUUAAAUUUUUAAUUGUUUGGACAUUGGUUCGUUCAGAUGCUUUAAAAGUUUUUAUUAUUUUCGGAAUAAUUUAAAAAUUCUCUUCGUAUUUGUGUAUGUUAAUAAUAACAUGAAUUUGUACUUCGUAUUUCAAUUAAUUAUAUAAUUAGAUCGUUUUAUAUAGCGUGAAUUUUCAGCAAAAAUUCAACAAUCUUUCCUCUGCACCGUUACACGUUAUUGAAACAUUUACCUUGCUGCAAGAUUUACUGCAUCUCUAAUACAUCUAUCAAGAGUAACGACAUAAAUCGCGUUUUUGAAUUACGCUCUUAGGGCCAAUAUCGAGCACCCUUUGCGUGGCCAACUGAUUUUUAUCACCGCAUACGUUACACCGCCAAUUUCUUAUAAUACUCAUAGACGGGGUUGGGCCGUGCUCUCUCGAAAACCUAACGACCCGUGCGCGUAAAACGAGACUGCCGUUGCCCAUAGGCCGGGGAUCCCUGCGAAUUAGGGUGCAUGCGGCCGAGGAAAAUGUAUGUGCACGUGUGACGAUAUAUACUAUAUAUAUAUAUGUCAGGUCGCGCGGUGAUGAAUAUGGUUGUAUUACGGGGAAAGGUCUGCCUUCUUUAUCGCCACAUUACAUGUUCGCAUUUAUCUGCGUUUACCCCGCCCACGAUCGAGUUCGGGAACGUCGAUUCCGACGUUCGGGUCCGAGAACACCUGAAUGACUUACAUUUCUUUCCUUCGCUGAGCGUUACGUUAAAGAAUGACGAGGGAAAUUAUGGCGGCAAAUACCCCGCGACUUUCUGAAAUGGUCUGGCGCGAACUCAAGAUAUUUCGAGAGAAAUAAAGGAAAAGCGCGCGCGCACACAAGUGUACGAGCAGAGAACGCGAAGAAUGUGUGCGAAGAAACUUGUAUUUAAUAUUAACGUCGUCAAACAAAACUGCACACCGGAAAUUGUGCAUCUGAAAUUCCAAAUAUCCGAGAAUAUAAGCUUUAGAACUUUAUUCCGAAUCCGCGGCAAAAUAAACGAUAAAUAUAUCGAUUCGGUGGUAAUUUAAGAUUGCCUCCGCGUAGAGGAGAGAACCGCGACGUUAAAGGCCGUUGGCUGGCUACUUCUUUCAACGAUUCGACACAAAGCACUCGGCAUUGCGCGCACCAUGCAGCUAAAAGCAUUCCACAAGGGCGAAACGCGCGCGAAGGGAAGCGACCAGUGUAUGUAGGUUAAAAUCUGUUGAUGUACAGCUCACACGUGGGAUCACCUUUUCCUUCGUCCACGUAACAUCGUCUACCCUCCUGUCUCCUCUCGCGUACGCGCGAUUCUUUUUGUUUCUUUUCUCUCUCUCUCUCUCUCUCUCUUUUCGUCUUCGGCUUCUCGCGCCUCUGAAACGACGGGAACCAAAUGGUGGGGUUAAUGCGCGCACACGCCACGGGGUGUCGACCAAUUUCCGGGUUCAACUAAUGCACUUAUCAGACGGCCAGAAAGGAUCCCGAGAGGAAGGCCCGUGGGGAGGAAAAAUAAUUGAGACGUCCCUCUCUCGUCACGGCCGGAGAAAGCGACGCGGUUGGCGAGGAAGGAGGACGCGGCGCGCGCGGUAAAAAGCAAAACGAAUUUUAACCUUCUAUAAUCACGAGCGUACGCAUCCUAAUUCGGCAAUGAGGUACGCCCAACAGAGAGAUUGCUGACGGAUCAACAGAGUUGCGAACUCUCGUCCCCGGUAAUUGGAAAGUAUCCAGUGGAGACGACACCCCCGGUAGCAUCCCCUUCGCUCUCGAACAACCUCAGCCGGGAAUUAAUCUUUCAUUCGUGUCGUAAACGCGUUCGUAAACUUUGGCUUAACCCUCUCCUUGCUCACCCUUUUUUUUUACCUACGCGCUGAAAGUGUGCGACGCGAGUUUCACGCUGAAAGUUGAGAUAAAGAGCUCGCAGAGCCAGUGAUGUGGGAUCUCGAGAGCUACCGCCUAAUGAAUUAGCUUACCGAAUUAGACAGUCAUGAUCACGGGACAUUUGACCGACGCACCUGUCAUCGCGACGAUCGUUCAAAGACGCCUCCGUUUAAUUGGUCCUUCCCGAUAAAGAGCUCAAAGAACGCGAGGCGCGAAGAAAUUGGGAGGAGAAUGCAGCUGUCGCGUGGGCGCGUUACGACGCAUAUACAUAAUAUUUCUUUGAGACGCGCCGUCGUAAUUAGAUUCCGUCGCAGAGAACGGCCCAAAGAGCAAUUACGGAAGGCAUCGUCGAUGUCGCUACGCUACACGCGCGGCAACCCGAAUCCUUAAGCCUCAUCUGCGCUUUGAUCGAGUUUCGGCGGCAGGAAUCGGAUAAGGCAGGAGGUUGAGAACACAGAGAGGCGUUGUGUGUGUGAGUGUAUUAUGCCUCGAAGAUCCGCGACGCUCUCGAACGCGAAUGUGUGCUAAGCGGAAACCGGAAUGCGAGCGAGAUAUUUUUACGACGCGGCGAUAUGUGCUUUCGCCGCUUUGCGCUCGUUAAGUACCGACCGGCGAUCGGCGACGAAAUGCGAUUUCAAAUGCUCGCGAGCAUUUGUGUCAUCCGAUACGCGAUCUGCGUCAAUAAUUAUACGGACGCGAAUUGGAUUCGUGGCAGUUUCCUAUGUACGUCAUCGUUAAGGACAAACUAUAAUCGAGUUGCGAGAGAAUCUGUGAGAUUUCGCGAGAUACUUUUAGCGAGUCCGUGUCGCCUUAUCCUGACGAUGCGGCGACUAUCCGAAUCUAUUCCGAGCGUGAUCACGAAGGGUCGUUUCGUGCAAGUACCAAAGAUGCAACAUGAUACCGUGAACUCCUCCAGCGGGCUCUCGGCGGGCGGCCGACGAUGCUGAACGCCGAGGUGUGACGCAGUGAUACCGAGAGGAGACGUCACCGGCGCGGCGCGGCGCGGCGGCGGUCGCGACGACGGUUGCCGCGCUGAAUUUCUCGGAUUACAUAAACCUAAAUAAUCUCGUGAGUCAUUCUAAUUUUGUCCGGUGGGGUUGCACCGCUUUCCACUGAUCGUCUCCCCGGCCCCUCUACCUAUCUACAUGUUCUUAUAAUCCUCCCUCCUUUGCGCAUUUUCAGCCUUCAUCCCGCCAUUCCCGCCCCGCCGGCUGCGUCUGGCGCACAAAUAGCCGCGACGCGUGUGUCGUGUCUCUCGCACACACGAUGGCCCACUUUUCCACGUGGGUCCUGAAAUUAGAGAGCGCCCGCAACGGGAGCGCCGCGUUCGCCUAUUCAUUUUCGUCGUGGCCAACGCGCUGAUUUCCUGACAUCCUUCCCAAAUGGCACGCUCGGUAGUAUCUAAUUAAAAGCUCCCUAGAUAGCGACGGAAUGGAGAAACUUUCGCGCCUUUUGUUCCCGCGUCGGCGGGACGUGCGUGAGAUAUCAACAAUUGUGUCCCUGCGUGCAUUUUACGCGACACGCUGUUAUUACAUAGAUGCUGCGGUUCGAAAAAAGUUUACCAUACGGGUAUUUCCGACCGUGGGAGAGAAAGAGAGAGUGAGAAAGAAAGAAGGGGGAGGAGCGUAAUACGUUUCCGAUUCACGGUGCUCGACCUUCGAAACAGGCGAAAUAUUGAAUGAAUUAAGUUAAUUAGGGAAGAUUACCGUUCGUUACGCAAGGCGACACAAUGUUACCGAAGAUUGCAACAAUGUUACUCCGUCUCCGUGUAUUUUUGACCAUGGCCGACAUGAGCUUCCCACUUCCGGCGUGAAACAAUCGUUGGGAAAAAGGUGAUUUUUGGCUUUGUGCACGAGAGAGAGAGAGAGAGAGAGAGAGAGAGAGGCUACGGGCGGAAAAUAAACAGUGAAACGUCCGUGCACGCCAUAUCGCGUGUGUCGAUGCAAAAAUGCGGCGGCGCGAUGACUGGCCGACGCUGAAUGCAUUCCACGAUUUAGCGAUAAUGCAACCGGCCAUAUUUCGUCCGAUAUUACAAUUGCGUCGGCGUAGCCGUGGGAUUCACUAGCUGUCCCAGAUAUAUCCCAUUCACGGUCCAUUUUCACGAGACAACGACGAUCAACCACGUGUCACGGCCUCGUGUGCGAGGUCGCAAGUAAUGGGAAUCGUUACGCUUUAGCUGCAACUUCGGCGCAGCCAGGGCCGCGAAGCAACCGGUCGUGAAAAAAAAAAAAAAAAAAAAAUAAAACGGAGAAGCAGUCAGAUUGAAGACUCGUUUCAACGUCGAUUAACUUUAACCUUACAACCAUCGAAUCAAACUCUACAUUUUUUUUUAACAAGUUGAAAGAGAGAAGAAGUAAAGUGGAGUUAUGAGUUAAAACUAAACGAGGUCAAUGAAAUCGUGCAAUAAAUUGCGCUAUCAAACUCGGAAUUACCAAACUGCAGUCUAAAUCGUAAUCUAGAUUAUAAGAGAAAGAAAAUUUAGCUCUUCAGACAUAGCUGUUAGUUGACGUUCGCAAAUUAUUCAUUUCUUUUUUUUUUUAAGUAGAUCGCUGAGAUGCUUCAACAAAAAAAUUAAUUUAAAACGAAUACAACGGAAAUGAGCUAAAUUACACUUUUACAAACGAACGGUUACAAAUACAUCCCUGACGCGUCUUAUCAGAUUUAGGCAUCGGUAUAAAAGUACUGACCCGAUGCGGUUUGCGGGGAAAUCGUCAAACAGUCGCGUGCAACGAUGACGAGAGCGACGUUAGUUGUGAUUUUAAUACUCUUUUCGGUCUUCAGCGUGAGUUUUGUCGACUCCUUGCUGGUACACGAGAGCGUGGGAAAAUUUCUGCGGACCUUCGGCGGCACAGUUAAACAAGUGAAGAUACCCGAUUUGCUGAAUCAGGUGUGCAAUCAGUCGCAGGGAUCCAACGCGACGCUACGUGACGCUUGUUACGGUUGCUUCUACCGUGCCAGCGUCUUACCGCAGGGUUAUCCCAUGCUAGUAUCCAUGUCCAUGUGCGCCAACACUUAUCUCAACAACACCAGCUACGGCCACUGUCAGGCCUAUUUGCGAAAUGUGACCAGCGUGCCCAAUGGACGGAGUCCUUCGUUAAUAUACUGCUCGUUCUUAGAAUGCAUUCGUCAAGUCAAUAAGAACACUUUGCUCGGGGAAUGCGUUCGCGAAGCCGCAACAGUGUUUCCUAGCAUCGACAACACCUACGUCAACUUAACGGACGCGCAGCUCGCGCAAUUGUUCCUCAACAUCACCGUGUGCGUGCUGGCAAAGACCCGUUGCUCCUACAUGAAUCCGGUGACCGGUGAGCUGCAGGAGGACGACAUCGUCAACAAGUUACAGCUACCCUCGUUGAACGCCAUUCUCGUCAACACCGACUUCGACAUCACCAUCCUGCAAAUGCCGUUCCGUCACAGCAGCGUCGACGUGUGCGCCAAAUAUAGAAACGUUGAACAGGCGACUUGGCCCGGUGUCGCGUGUUAAUUUACAAACAGAUAUUAUCGAGCCAAGGGGCAGCAUCCACGAUGUUCAAUGACGCGCGGGAUGGUUUCACCGAGCGACCGUUGCAGAAUGAGAUUACCGUGUGACAUUGUCCGCAAUAAAGAUUUGUUUCCGUUGGCGCCAACAUUUCGAUCAUUUCUACCUCUUGAUUUUCACGGCUAUUAAUAUGCUGCAUAACGCACGGAGAUUAUGCGGCACGUGCCAGGCAACAACGCAUCCGCAUUCCCUUGAAAGCUGUCCUAUAUUCUGGUUCGCGAGAAAAACAAAGUGUUACGAAAUCAGAAAAGAGGCCGACGAUUGUAACGCACUGCUUUGCUCAAUAACGUCGCGGUGAUCAGAUAACAUAAAAAGAUGCUAAGGUAAAUGUGUCCCAAAGAUCAUAUCUCUGUACCCGGACACUUAUACGAAAACUUGUAUUAUUAAACUUAAAUAUAUUUUUGAUAAUAAAAUAAUAUUUAUUUUAAAUCUUAAAUG